UUGGACGUGUGGAUUUUCAGCCUGAGCCAUCAAUCACUUGGUUGUCAUCAAUUCAAUGGAUUGGAGUGGAGAUGGUCUAGAUUUAGGGACUGAUGUAACUGGAGAAAAUGAAAACCUCAGUUUGAUAUCUACGCAGGGUGAUCUUUGUUCAAUGCCUUCACCUUGAGCUAGGACCAUUUCAUAAUCAAAAUAAGGCUUCUGCUCAGAAACCGCCAAACUGAAUCUAACCUAAUUAGAAUCAAGUCAAAUGAAAGAUAAUAUUGAUUCUGCAUUCAGUAUUGAUGCCACCACACUUCCACACUGUGCAAGGGCAAGGUUACUGUGAUGCCAAAGAUUACCUCAGCUGCUUGAUUAUAUGCAUGAAAUGCCGUUCAUGAAGUAAAAUGAGCUGACAAGACUUCAGCACCCUGGAAUUUUCAGUUGCUGGACAAUAUAAUCACCACGUGAUAGCACUAGCACUAGCACUAGCAAACGGUAAAAACGUAACCAGCAUGAACAGGGAGAAGAGCAUCUCAAUUGAAUCCAUCAGAAAUUCCAGUUCAUUGCCUAAAGGCGUCAGCAUUUUGGUUGUGGAUUGUGAUCCUACAUGUCUCACCAUCAUAUCCGAAAUGCUCUGUAGAUUUGGUUACAAAGUUGUGACCGCUAAACGAGCCUCUGAUGCUUUGGCAAUUGCGUGGGAGGAAGAUGAUCUUCAACUUGUUCUGGCAGAAGCUCAUUUGCCUGACAUGGAUAAAUAUGAGUUCCUGGAGAGAAUGGGAGAAAUGUCCAAAUUGCCUGUUGUUAUUAUGUCAGCUGAUGAUAAUGAAAAUACUGUGUUAGGCAGCUUGUUUAAAGGUGCUGCAUUAUAUCUCAUAAAACCAAUUACUUUGAACGACGUGAAAAACCUAUGGCAGUUUGCAUUCAUGAAGAAUAGUGAGAAAACACUAGUUGCUGAUGUAGUAAGCAGUGUUCAAGGGGAAUCAUCUGAGGAGAGUGCAUCAGAUGAGGAUACAGAGAGUCAAUCAUUUGAGAAUAAAAGGAAGCAAAGCCUCCAAAAGGCCAAAAGAAUAGCACUGGAAGAGACAGAAAAAGACGAGGAGGAAGAGAAUCAUGAUUCAUCAGUCCUAAAGAAGCCAAAGCUAACUUGGACUAAUGAGCUACAUGACAGAUUCCUGCAAGCUAUAAAAGUACUAGGCAUUGACAGAGCUCAUCCAAAGAAGAUACUUAAGUAUAUGAAUACGCCUGGACUGAAAAAGGAGAAUAUUUCAAGCCAUUUACAGAAAUAUCGUCUCUCCUUGAAACGGGAGCAAGAUGCAAUCCAAAAGACAAUGACAAGAGAUCCUACUGGAUCGAGCCUUACAUCAUACUAUCCUUCAUCAACAUUCAAUUUACAAGGACUUCUUCAAGUUUCAAAUCAGCAAUCCUCAGCCACAUCAAAUCAACCAGAAUUAGGAAAUGAUUUACAGAGAAAUUUAAGUAGUCAAAUGCACAUGCCCUUUCGUGGCUCUGCAGAUUUUCCUAAUUACAUAGACUCAAGUUGUAGUGAUCCAUCCAAUCCUACGUAUGGGCAAUUGACUCCAGUGAAUCAGCUAGAUUCUACUUAUCCUGAUUCUAGUUAUGUUGGAAGCUGGAUCACUAGCAAUGAGUUAGCAGGCUUUUUCCAGAUAGGAAAUUCUAGUGGUGAAGAGACCCUCAGCGGGAACAUGGAUCCUUUUGGUGUGGAUCAUAUUGGUUUUCUGAGUGAUACCACACAACAAGAACAGCUGCAGCAACCAUAUCAGCCACUUCCUCAACCACCACAACCACCACAGGAGCCAGAAGAACCUGACAUUUUUGGGUUUGAAAGAGGAGAAAUUGAUGAAUUAUUUGAUCUUUUGAAAGACCCUAAUAAUAUGUUCAAUGAUGAGGACCUUGACGAUCUCUGGCAAUCGACAAGUUUUGUGUCCAGGCAUCAAGGGUGAGAAGAGGCCAUGUAUAUGGACAUUGACAUCACUAUUUAUUUGGACCAGUGAGCUUCCAGAUUUAUGGCUUAAGCAUUGGGUG